AUGUUUCAUGUUAUAUCAGAGCUUGCCCCUGAAAAUCGAGAACCCAAUACUCUUCAAGGAACAGAAGCUCUUGAGGAAGACACUGACUUGACUCCUGAAGAUUUGUUAGCUAGUUUAUCAGAAAACUCGACUGAAAAUCAAUUUCCAGAUGUUCCACCUGAUGACAUGGAAGAUGAAGAGAUUUUAAUGGAUGAAUCAUUAUCACCUCUUGAAAAAAUUUUUCUGUAUGUAAAAAGUGAGUUGGUAUUCCACAGAGUGUUCAUUGCAAGGGAACUUCCAACAUUAAUAAGAGAUGUUGAAAUCAGUGAGGCUGUAGAAUAUGUAUUACCAUUGAUGAAUUCUCUAGGAACCGAUCCAGAGGACCACGUUAAAGAAACUUUUGCUACUGAAUUGGACGAUAUCAUAUGGUUUUAUUAUUCAGUAACCACAGACUGUUCACAAACUGACAUAGCGAUUAAUUCAAGACCGUUGACUCCUCAAAGACCACAAACUCCCCAACAACGACCGCAAACGCCAAUACAACAAUAUCACUCUCAACAGACAUUGUCUCAGCCACCAACUCCAACCAACAAUAUUCCAUACUUGUCACCUUCCGCUUUUACUCCUUUACUCCAUGCUCUUCUUCUUGAUCAAAACACGGCAAUAGCACAAGCAGCUCAAAAUGUAAUUCUAUCGCUUGUUGAUCGGAUAUUAGAGGAACCUAGUGUCAAUCCCAAAGAAAAAGAAUUAUUAGAAAAAGAAACAUUAGAAGGUGUCGUUCUAGGCAUUGGUAGAUUAGAUCAAGACAAAGCAAGAAAGGAAGAAACAAAUGAAUGGGAGCCUUAUGGCGACGAACAUGGCGCUGGUGCUAUGUCUGGGGGAGAGGAAGAGGCGGAAUUGGGAAGAAUGACAAUGAUGUCUUUAAUAUCUUCUUUGGCGCCUAUUGUUGGACCAGAAAGAUGUAUUCGCUUAUUUUUACCAGAGUUGGAAAAAAUGAUCGAUGAGCAAGUAUUUUAUGUACGAAAGGAAGCAGCCACGGCAUUGGGAAGAUUGUCAGGAGUACUGCCAUUGGAGACCAUUGAAUCAAAAUUGCUUCCCGAUGAAAUGAAAUCUGAGCGUGCAGUAAAUGGAAUUAAAAUUUUUGCAGAAGAUGUAAGCAGAAGUGUAAGAUCGGCUGCAGGGGAGAUUAUUGGUGAACUAAUUGCGACAUUUGAUCCAAAUGAAAAAGUACCCGAAAAUCUGGUUCAACAUUUCCUAAAUUUAGGGCCUUUGAGAGAAUCCAAUGUUAAGGUUAGAAGGACAUUAUCUUAUUCACUUCAUGAAAUUGCAAAAGUGAUUGGACCUAAAAAAACGGAAGAGGAUUUAUUACCAGUCUUUACUUACUAUCUUGUUGAUAUGGAUGAAGUUAAGUCUGGCGUUAUGGAAAAUUACGUUUCUUUUAUUAGCUGCUUACCACAAACAGCUAGGGACGAGUGCUUACCUUCUUUAUCUGGCAUAUGGGAUAAUUUAAAGCCGCAAUGGCGUUUAAGAAAUACAAUUGCAAAGUAUGAGCAAAUUCCCGCAUUAUGUCAGUUAUUUGAUGGCAGCAAUAUAAUAAAUUAUUUAUUACCACUGGCCAUAAAGGCGGUUAAAGAUGAAGUUGCCACUGUAAGGGAAACCACAGUUGCUUGUUUUCCAGCUUUAUUUGAAGCUGUUCAUAAUGAUGAUACAUUAUUUAAAGAAGCGAUAAAACGUGUAUGUGAAUUUUCAUCCGAGAAUAAAUUCAGAUCAAGAGUAAUAUUUGUACAAAUUUGUUAUGCUCUAGUUUUAUCAGGAUUUCCCAAGUUAGAUUUUGAAAGAUAUUUUCUUCCAAUUCUAGAAAAUUUUUCAGCGGAUAGUGUUGUUAAUGUUAGAAUUACGCUAGUAAGAGUAAUUAAAGAGUUAUGCCAAACUGAGCAAUAUUAUCAGGAUCCAAUAAGUAGGCCACCACAAAUCGUUGGUAUGAUUAAUCGACUAGCGGAAGAUCCUGAUUUUGAAGUUCGUUCAUUUUUAUUUAUGAUUCUGUCACCCGAAGAAAGAUUAAAGCCAAUAACAGACGUAACUAUAGAAGGUUUAUCAGAAUCGGUCACAAAUGAGGCCAUGAACGAAGAGAAUAAUCUAGAUUCACAAGGAAUUGUUAAUUUUACAUCAAUGAUUCCAGAAGAAGAUUUAAAUGUUGUGGAUAGUACAAUUAAUAAUGAUGGUAAUGAUAAUGAUAGAAAUUACAUUAAUAAUGAUAUUGAAGUCGAUAAUGACAUUGAGGUUAAUAAUAAUAUUGAAGUUGAUAAUGACAUUGAAAUUAAUAAUAUUGAGGUUGAUAAUGAUAUUGAGUCACAACCAUCAUCAUCGCUUGAAAAUGAAGGCUCUAGAAUUGUGGUUAACGACUCAGCCUAA